AUGCUGUAUGCAGACCUGGAGACAAAGGGGUAUAUACCUGUGUCUGCAAGAAAAGAUACCAAGGAGAUGGAUUCAAAUGCACGAAACUUUAUCCUCUUGAGGCAGCUCGACUGUGGGUGCAUCGAGUCUCAGUUAUGGAACAUCCCGACCAAACGAUGUGUAGACAGUUGUACUCCACCGAAAUCAUGGGAUCUCAGAUUGAAGAGUUGUACAGAAAAAAUCUGCACCUGCAAGGCUUGGGGAGAUCCCCAUUACCAUCGUUACGACGAUUUUACCAGAAUGAUCGACUUCAUGGGUGUCUGCAAAUAUGUCUUCUCCAAGACGACCAACUCUGACGUCGCGUGUUCCUUCUCCAUUGAGGUGAAGAACGAAUAUCGAGGCAACACAAUUGUGUCUUUCGGUAGGAUGAUGGACCUGAAGAUGGGAGGUUUCGUUGUCAGACUUCACAAGGAUGGAUGGACUAGGGUCAGUGGCCUCACACAAAGAAUGCCCUUUAACCUCAAACUCAAAGGCGGACAUACUCUCAGUGCCACAAAAUCUGGAGCCAACGACUUUAAGAUAUCAGUGCCAACCUGUUCCUUCGCUUUGUCAUUCGGUGGUCAAUAUGGAGGUAUUGUGACAUCUCUUGGCCACUGGCAGUAUGGAGGUGCUGGAAAGCUUACUGGAAUGUGUGGUGACUGCGAUGGAAUGGCAGAUGCCUUGACUAGCUUCAAUAAUUAUCAGGUUCCCGAUGACUCGGAUGUGCCAUUAGUUAACUGUAAGAAGAGCGAGGAUCCAGUCAUCAAAUGUUCGGAUAAGAACAAUGCCCUCAUUGCAUCAGACACGUACUGCGGUUACAUCAAGUCAACCACUGGACCAUUCGCAGAGUGCAUCAAGAGCGGAAAGGUAGAUUGGAAGUCAGCCUAUGCUGCUUGCCAGAUAGAUGCUUGCGCUUUUGUGGACAAACCCGAGUCCAUUAAAGAAGUGAUAUGCGCUGAUGUGGGAGAAUUCGCCAGCGAAUGUCAGCUGAAUGGUUACCAACCUUCGAAGGUUUGGAGAACAACCACAUUCUGUCCAAUGAAGUGCCCUGCUAACAGCGUAUAUGAGUCCAAGAUGCGUCCAUGCCAACCGACGUGUAUCAAGCCCGAACCAAUCUUCUGUGAGGAUGAGUUGAUGGAAGGCUGCAAGUGUAAUAAAGGCUUCAUCCGAGAUGGUGAUUCGUGUGUCCCCGAGCAGUCAUGUGGCUGUUGGGAUGCAGACAAAAACUAUUACACGAUUGGUGAUGAGCGCAUAAGCUCCGACUGCACGACACUUUACAAGUGUAUCAAAGUAGGAUUAGUCGCCAAGCUAGGGUCCAGUGAGCUUAAACCUUGUGGCAAGGAUGCUGAAUGCAGACCUGGAGACAAAGGGGUGGUAUGUCGAGCUGUGGCUCGUGGCUUCUUCUCGGACCUAGGAUCGAGUCCAAACCAAGCGGCCUUGGUGGCCUAA